CCUUCCCCUGGGCUAUGGCCCGCCUCUCUGCUGCUGACCAAUCCUCUGCAUCCUCCUUUGUGCGUUUAUCCAAUCAGAGAGGUGGAGGGUGGAGUUCCGGUCGACCGGUCCGCUCAGAGGCCGUUCUCCGAGUUCUCCCCUGCAGCAGUUGUGGGCUCUCCGAUGAGGUUGACAUUACAUGAUGUCAUAAGUGAUCUGAAGGCGCCAACCACUUGAACUUCCGGGAUCAAGUGAGGUUCCUGCACUUGAGUCCUUUGCACUGUUUGCUUCUGUGAGUUGCUGUAACUUUCAGUUGGCAUGCUCCCAGGAGACAAAGAUGUCAAACACCACACUUUGCUGCCUGGUGACUUCGUCUGUUGGAGAAGGCAUAUCCAUAAAGUUUCCCUCCAACCUUGUUGCAAGGGCCCCUACCAGCAGUUGCUGACUAACCCCUGUGUCGUUGAGCUCCAAGGGAUGGACUCCUGGAUUCAUGCAUCUCUUCUCUAAAAAGGCCCCCAAACUUGAGUGGACCUGCAACCUGACUGAUUUUUACUACCCUUGGAUGCACUCCUGAUAUGGAGAAGAUUGAGGAACAAUUUGCUAAUUUGAACAUUGUUAAACGUUCCUCAGAAACUAAAGAGCCUACUUACCUGCUUGCCAUAGACACAUCAAAGACUGUACAAGCAGAAAAAGGAAGCUUGGUUGCUGUUUUAUGUUCUAAUGGAUCAAUCAGAAUAUAUGAUAAAGAAAGAUUAAAUGUACUACGAGAAUUUAGAGGCUAUCCUGGACUUAAUGGAGUCAAGUUUGCAAAUUCCUGUGACAGCGUGUAUUCCUCAUGCACUGAUGGCACUGUAAAAUGUUGGGAUGCUCGAUUAGCCGGUGAAAAACCUGUCCAGCUGUUCAAGGGUUACCCUUCCAAUAUUUUUAUCAGUUUUGAUAUCAGCUGUAAUGAUCAUGUCAUUUGUGCUGGUACAGAAAAAGUUGAUGAUGAUGCAUUGUUGGUAUUUUGGGAUGCAAGAAUUAAUUCUCAGGAUUUGUCUACUACUAAAGACCCCCUUGGUGCAUAUUCAGAAACACAUAGUGAUGAUAUCACUCAAGUAUGUUUCCAUCCCAGCAAUCCCAACAUGGUAGUCUCAGGUUCAACUGACGGCCUGGUAAAUGUGUUUGAUAUUACUGUUGAUAAUGAAGAAGAUGCACUGGUUACAACCUGUAACUCAGUUUCAUCAGUAAGCUGUAUUGGUUGGUCUGGGAAAGAUUAUAAACAGAUUUACUGCAUGACACAUGAUGAAGGAUUUUGUUGGUGGGAUCUUAAUCAUCUGGAUACCGAUGAACCAAUUACAUGUUUGAACAUCCCGGAUGUCAGAGAAGUAAUUAAUGUGAAAGAAGGUAUUUUGGACUAUUUGAUUGGCGGCCUGUAUCAUGAAAAGACGGACAAAUUGUUUGUAGUUGGAGGAACAAACACAGGAAUUAUUCACAUAAUGAGCUGUACUACAUCAGGAUUGGUCCAUGUGACCAGGCUUCAGGGAGGGCAUGCUGCUACAGUCCGUUCUUUCUGUUGGAAUAUGCAGGAUGAUUCUUUGCUAACUGGAGGAGAAGAUGCACAGUUGUUACUUUGGAAACCUGGAGCAGUAGAGAAGACGCUUACAAAGAAAGACAGCAUGAAAAUAGCAUCCUCUGUGUACCAGCGAGUUCGAGUUCAUAGUAAUGAUUCUUAUAAGAGAAGGAAAAAGCAGUGAUGUUACAUUGGGAGUUUACUUGACAGGUUUUAUAGUUGCAAAUAAUUAUUUCUGUGUACUACCUGUUGUAGACAUGUUUAAAGCUCAUGUGUAAAUUAAAACAAGCCAGUUAGCAAACAGUCCUGAAAAAAUGUUGAGAAUGGUUUAAUUCAGGUCUUUUGUGUAUUCUAAAAUUAUAUUUUUUAAGCCGCCAUUUGAGUAUAUAAUCAGUGAGUUGAAAGUAAAAUUACAUUCCUCAUUUUAAAAACCCAUCUGUUAAAUUAGUAAAUGUUGAGUCUGAAGAAAUAGCUUUGAUAAGGGCUUUUUAGAAGUAGAUGGCUGGUGUGACUUUAAAAAACAGGUGGUUUGGACUGUGUUUUUUAAGCUCAAUUUUUUACAUUUUAAAUCAUCUUCAUUAUUUAUAAAACCAAUUCAGACUGUUUCUUUAUUGGAGAAGCUCCUGCUUGCUUAAUACAUAUAGAUUACACUGGCAUAUUUAAAUAUAAAUAUUCUAAUGAGUUUAAAUAGAAUUAAACCUUUUCAGAAAUCGUGAUUUGCAUUUAUUUGAGAAAAGUAUAUUUAGUAAAUAUUUGCAUCCACACUUUAAUAUUGUUGGUUAAACAGUAAACAGGUGUUUCACUGAUGGAAAGGAAGUUACCUUGCAAAAUUCUUUUUGAGACUCAAAGUGAAUAUACAAAAACAAAAGUAUUUAUAAUAGUAGAAUGACUUUUUAUUUCAAAAUAUUACAAUAUUUUGUGAUAAAAUUUUCUUCUAUAGUGUUUCAUUCAUCCAUAAUUUUAAACUUGAAUUUUUGUUUACUGCUAAUUUUUCCA